UGGUGUAAUGUUUUGACCCUGAAAUACAGGUCAGUCAGUGUUCAUUAGAUAAGCAGCCAAUCAGAGGACAGCUCCAGCCUGACCCACAGGUUCUGGAUAAAGAGAAGUCAUGAAGCUGACCAUGCUGCUCUGCUCUACCCUACUGAUCUCUGUGUUGGUCCUGACACAGAUGGGUUCCGCUGAAGGAGAGGGUUCAGCUUCUGAGGCCAGAGAGCCGAACUGUGAGAGGUAUGGGCUGAUCUGCACCAAGGAGUUUGAUCCAGUGUGUGGCAGUGAUGGACUCACCUACAACACUGAGUGUGUUCUGUGCCAGGCAAACAGAGAACGUGGAAUGAAUGUCAAAGUGCUUAAGAAGGGGAAAUGCACUGAUGACUAACCUUCAGGUGCAGGGUUAAACCAUCAUGCACAGACUCCAGCAUUUGUUGCAUUCCUAAUAAAUCUGUGCACUUCAACAUG